UUUGUGUCUAGAACGAAAGCAAGUCCAUCUGAUUUUUCCCGUUUUAAUGUGGAAAUCUAUUCACCUUAACAGGACUUAAACAAAGACACGGUGCACGUCAGACGGGGUGCUAUCCCGCAUCGAAAGCGGUCCAGGCACGCGCUCGCUCGCUGGCCACUGGAUGUUUGGAACGGCAAUUAACAACGAAUUAUGAAGAGCUCUGCUGCUUGUCCCAUCGCCUGUGCUGUGAGAGCCGACUGCGGUAUGAAAUUGAUGCUGUGAUUGAAGAACUCCGUUGCGCUCGGGUGGCUUAUACGAGGAGGAAAGAUGGGAAAUCAACUACUUGGGAUUGUCCUGACGCUGGGGUUUGUCUUAGAGUGUAUCGAGGCGAAGAAAUACUGCUGGUAUUUUGAAGGUGGAUACCCCGUCUACUUCAUAUGCCGCUCCUACGAGGACUGCUGUGGGACACGAUGCUGCAUCCGGGCCCUGUCUCUCCAGAGGCUCUGGUACUUCUGGCUGAUGCUGAUGAUGGGCGUGCUCUUCUGUUGCGGUGCCGGCUUCUUCAUUCGCCGCCGCAUGUACCCUUCUCCACUCAGCGAAGAGCCCGCCUUCAACGUGUCCUUCACCAGGCAACCAAUCACCAGUCCAGUAUCCCAGCAACCGGUCCCUCAGAUGUUUGGCGACCCGGGAGGCUCCACCCCUACCGGCAUAGUGCCCGCCUACUCUGCCCAGCCCGGCCCCCACAUUAUGAGCUCGUACCCGCCCCCUCCCUCCUACUGCAACCACCCUCCCCCCUCCUACGAGCAGGUGGUCAGCAACACUGAGAAGAAGUAGGAGCAUCCAGCAUCCAGCAUCUGGCAUGCUCAACUCACCUGAGUUCACCUGUGGCCACAUACUCCAACAUGCAGGGGGCGCCACACACUCUGCCCUCCUCCUCAUAAACUGUCUUCAACAGACACAGGCCCAGGAGGAAGAAAGGGAAAGAUACUUCUUUGUAUAGUGUGUGUAUGUGUGUGUGUGUAUGUGUAUUAGUGACAUUUCCAGAAACCGACUUUGUGUGUGUGUACAUGUACGUGUGCGUGUGUGAGUGUGUGUGCGUGCGUGUGUGCAUGCAUUUGUGUAUUUGUGUGUGUGUGUGUGUGUGUGUGUGUGUGUGUGUGUGUGUGUGUGUGUGUGUGUGUGUGUGUGUGUGUGUGUGUGUGUGU